GAGGGCCAAACAACGAAAGAUGAAUUAAUAUGUUCCAAAUUUCAGUUGCAACUAACAACCGCAAACUCUCAAAAACAAGCGAAGCAAGCAAAGCUUAGAGUGAAGAGAGAGUGAGGCAGCAUGUCAAAGCUGGUGGUGUUGCAGCCAACAAAGCAGCCUUCCCUCUCCCUCCUCCCUUCCUCUCUCUCUGAUUUCAAUGGCACCAAACUCUGUCAAAUCCAGACGUGGUUGCAGUACAAACGAAAGGUAUGGCAGCCAAAAGGAGCAUUACAUGUUGUAGCAUCUAGCACCAAGAAAAUUCUCAUAAUGGGAGGCACCCGGUUCAUCGGGGUGUUUUUGUCAAGACUCCUUGUGAAAGAGGGCCAUCAGGUUACUCUGUUUACUAGAGGUAAAGCACCAAUUACCCAACAAUUGCCAGGUGAAUCAGACAGUGAGUACUCUGAUUUUAAAUCCAAGAUCUUGCAUUUGAAAGGAGAUAGAAAGGACUUUGAAUUUGUGAAAUCCAGUCUCUCUGCUGAAGGAUUCGAUGUGGUGUAUGACAUAAAUGGACGAGAGGCAGAUGAAGUUGAACCCAUACUGGAUGCACUCCCAAAUCUAGAACAGUUCAUAUACUGCUCUUCAGCUGGUGUUUACCUCAAAUCUGAUCUUUUACCUCAUUGUGAGAUUGAUUCAGUUGAUCCCAAGAGUAGGCACAAGGGAAAGCUUAAUACAGAGAGCUUAUUGGCUUCAAGGGGUGUUAACUGGACUUCUUUGAGGCCGGUCUACAUAUAUGGACCUUUGAAUUACAACCCUGUUGAAGAAUGGUUCUUCCACCGUUUGAAAGCAGGUCGCCCUAUUCCAAUUCCCAACUCUGGAGUGCAAAUAACCCAACUUGGUCAUGUAAAGGACUUGGCAAAGGCUUUCAUCCAGGUUCUUGGUAAUGAAAAAGCCAGCAAGCAGGUAUUCAACAUUUCAGGAGAAAAGUAUGUCACUUUUGAUGGAUUAGCAAGGGCAUGUGCCAAGGCCGCUGGAUUUCCUGAGCCUGAGAUUGUUCACUACAAUCCCAAGGAGUUUGACUUUGGUAAAAAGAAGGCAUUCCCAUUCCGCGAUCAGCAUUUCUUUGCUUCAAUUGAGAAAGCAAAGCACGUGCUGGGAUGGAAACCUGAAUUUGACCUGGUGGAAGGACUGGCAGACUCGUAUAAUUUAGAUUUUGGCAGGGGAACAUUCAGGAAGGAGGCUGAUUUCUCAACUGAUGACAUGAUACUUGGCAAAAGUCUUGUUCUCCAGGCAUAGGCCAUUCAUCUCAUCACUAUAAAUUUUGCCUUGUCAUUUUCUCCCUUAAAUUUCCCCCUCAAGUUCGUAUAGAAACUGUUCAAUGAUAUACAAGCUAUAUGUACUGUUC